AUGAUUGCAACAACACCAGGCUGGAGAGCGAAGCAUCUAAAAUCAGGUCUCCACACACCCAGGUCCCUGUUAGCCCUGGAACGUGAUACAGUUGCUUCUGAAAGGAUGUUGUCAUCUCUCAUUCUAGGACAUUUUGUUGCAACCCCACUAUUCUUCCAUAGUAAUUAUGUCACCUUCUCCUACAUCACUUCCUCUCCUCUGAUCUUUUUCCUGACGGGCGUUCCAGGUCUGGGAGCUGCCCGUGGCUGGAUCUCCAUCCUCUUCUGCUGUUUGUACAUAACUUCCCUCUCUGGAAAUAGUUUAAUCCUAUUUGUCACCAUCACUGAGUCCAGUCUCCAUGAACCUACGUACUAUUUCCUCGCCAUGCUCUCAACCACCGACCUGGGACUGUGUAUUUCUACGCUGGUCACUACGCUGGGCAUAUUCUGGUUCGACACAAGACAGAUCAGCUCCCAUGCCUGUGUUGCCCAGACAUUCUUCAUUCAACUCUUCAUGGUCAUGGAGUCUUCAGUGCUCCUGGCAAUGGCCUUCGACUACUUCGUUGCUAUUUGUAACCCACUGAGAUAUGCUACCAUUUUGACUGAGUCCAGAAUCGUCAACGUGUGGUUUGCCAUCCUUGCCAGGGGGACAGUGAUCCUAAUGCCUCUGGCCCUACUUCUUAAACAUCUGUCAUUCUGCAAAAGCCACGUGCUCCAUCAUUCUUUCUGUCUCCAUCCGGAUAUAAUCCAACGCUCCUGUUCAGACAACAAGAUCAACAGUGUCUCAGGACUCACUGCCCUCCUCGUGACUGCAGUGGACUCUGCCUUUAUUCCCCUCUCCUAUGUCCUGGUCUGGACCAUCCUAAGCAUCGCUUCCCCAGAGGAGCGACGUAAGGCCUUUAGCACUUGUACCUCCCACCUCGGUGCCGUGGCUGUCUUCUGCAUCCCUCUUAUUAGCUUGUGCUUUGUCCACAGGUUUGGGAAAAGGGCCCCUCCUUAUGUACACACUCUUAUGGCCAAUGCGUAUUUGCCCAUUCCGCCAGUGAUGAACCCCAUUAUCUAUAGUGUAAAAACCAAGCAGAUCCGUAGAGCCGUUAAAAAAGCCCUCUUUCCCAAGCGAUCUGAGGUGUGACUUUCACAGCUCUGCAGUAAAAUCUGCACCUUAGUUAUGACUUCUAAGACCUAUAGUGUCUUCGGUCUGUCACUCAAAAUAAAAAAAAGAAAAGAAGUAGAAGGUUGGGUGGGCUGGGGGAUACGGUUUGGUAGAAAAUUAUUUUUUUACUUUUAAAAAUUUUAUUUAUUUUUCAUUGAA